AAAUACCUAGUAAAUAUCCAGGUUUAGGGCUGUGUAACCUACGGUAUAGCUUACAGCAUUCAGCAGACGCGUUUAUCCAAAGCGACUUACAAUUAUGACUGAGUACAACUUCUGGGUUAAGGAUUUUGCUCAGGGGUCCAGCAGUGGAAACUUGGCAGUGGUGGAGCUUGAAGCAGCAACCUUCUAAUUACUAGUCAAGUACCUUAACCACUAAGCUACCACUGCCCACUUACGUACAGCUUUCAUGUAACUUACAUGUAGACUGCAUGUAGACUGUAUGUAACUUGCAUGUAGCCUAUGUGUAGACUGUGUGUAACUUACGUGUAGCCUGUGAGUUGGUUUUCAGUUUUAGAUGGAUCCUCUUACUGGCCAUAAGGCAAAUCUUGCUGUGCUACUGCCACGGAUGCAGUGGCCAUGCAGGCUGGACUGUGGGGAUCAGAAGAUUGUGUAGUAAACAAAUCAGCCCAAAGCCUACAAAUCCACUCAAGACCAGUGUUACCUAAACCCCAGCGCAAAACUCUGUCUGAGGGGAAGGGACCUUCAGUAGGGCUGACCAAGGGGACCUUCUACAGGAGUGACGUCCACGCGAUGUUACAGGCCACAUCUCUAGGGAGCGGAGCUACUCUUGGAACACUGCCUGUUCCAGCAAAAGAGAAGGCUGCAGCUGCAGGUCAUGUGGGGAGAGUGUGUGAACCUGCACACCAGCUUCCGCAGUACCAGGGAUUGCCAAAGUGUUCACCUGAGGAAGGCACUAAUGAUGCAGACAGCAAAGAUGAGGAUGAGGAGACAGAGAGCGGAGAUGAAGAGUGUGGGGAGCAUGAGCUUCGGGCUCCCAUCGAGUUGCUGGCAGAGUUCCUAAAUGCUGUGAUGGAAAGGAAUUACCUACUAGCCAAGAAACUCUGUCAAAUGAUUCUUGUGUAUGAACCAGAGAAGACAGAGCCCAAGCACUUCCUCCCUCUUAUUGAAGAAAAGCUACUGACAGAAGAAACACAGGAAGAUUCAAGCAAUGAGGACAACGAUGAUGAUGAUAGCGUAGAAGAGACUGAGAGUGACAGUGUUGAUGACGAUGAUGAUGAUGACGAUGAUGAUGAUGAUGAUGAUGAUGAUGAAGAAGACUCAGAUGGCAGUCAUUCUGAUGAAGAAUUUCCUGACAGCAGCUCAUUAUCUGAUGGAAAGGAGGAAGACUUCAGUGUCAAACAGUAGAAGAUGAAGUAGAUGUAGUAGAGACUGCUUCUUUUUUUUUUGACUAUGAGUCCAGGGACUUAAAGCUGCUGUAUGAAUAAGUUUUAAACAUGGUAUAUUAAUGCAUAUAUAUCACUACUGAAGUGACUUUGAAAUCACAGCUAUGCUGGUUUAGACUGUGUUGGAGUGCUGUCUUCUCUGCUGGUUUAGACUGUGUUGGAGUGCUGUCUUCUCUGCUGGUUUAGACUGUGUUGGAGUGCUGUCUUCUCUGCUGGUUUAGAUUAUGACUAAUGAUAAAAAAGGUUCUGAUACAGUCCUGACUGAAACAUUGGAUUUACUUAUAAAGACCUUUGCAUCAUCUACUGCAUGGAGACACUGAACCAGUUUCUUAGUCAGAAUGAUGGAGAGAAAUGUAG